CCCAGCUGCGGCAGGGACUGCUCCCCACGCUGUGCUCCCCACGCCGGCCCCGCUUGGCCAACUACGCCACAUCUGCCGAGCCCUCCCGGGUCCGGGCGCUGGUCUAUGAGCACCACGGGGACCCAGCCAAGGUCGUCGAUUCAUAUGGCAUCCCAGGUGUACGGCCUCGGCCUCAAAGGACCCAUUGUGACCUUAUCCCGCCUGGGAUCUGUCGCAGGAGGACAGUGGCAUCCCUCCGACUUGCUCGGCGCCACGACGCUCACAGGAAGGACAUGAGCAGUUGGGGAGGUGACCCGAGACCCAGCCAGACAGCGUGGGCGCCUCGUUGCCUCUCUUACCCCGCGGGCACUGUGCCUUGGACUGAAGAACCUGGAGCUAGCCGCUAUGGGCGGGUCGGACGUCCGUGUGAAGAUGCUGGCAGCCCCUAUCAAUCCAUCUGACAUAAAUAUGAUCCAAGGAAAUUAUGGCCUCCUUCCCGAGCUCCCCGCCGUUGGAGGGAAUGAAGGCGUUGGCCAGGUGGAAGCAGUGGGCAGCGACGUGACUGGUUUGAAGCCGGGGGACUGGGUAAUUCCAGCCAAUGCCGGCUUGGGCACCUGGCGGACCGAGGCUGUAUUCAGGGCGGACGCACUGAUCAGAGUCCCGAGUGACAUCCCUCUUCAGAGUGCUGCCACACUGGGCGUCAACCCCUGCACUGCCUACCGGAUGCUGAAGGACUUCGAGCAGCUGCGGCCAGGAGAUUCCGUCAUCCAGAAUGCAUCCAACAGUGGAGUGGGGCAAGCGGUCAUCCAGAUCGCCGCAGCCCUGGGCUUGAGGACCAUCAAUGUGGUCCGAGACAGACCUGACCUCCAGAAGCUGACCCAGAGAUUGAAGAACCUGGGGGCUGAGUAUGUUUUCACAGAAGAGGAACUCCGAAGGCCCGAGAUGAAAAACUUCUUUAAGGACGUACCUCCGCCCCGGCUUGCUCUCAACUGUGUUGGCGGGAAAAGCUCCACAGAGCUGCUGCGGCAUCUGGCGACCGGAGGAACCAUGGUGACCUACGGAGGGAUGGCCAAGCAGCCCGUCAUCGCCUCUGUGAGCCUGCUCAUUUUUAAGGAUGUCCGACUUCGGGGCUUUUGGUUGUCCCAGUGGAAGAAGAACCACAGUCCAGACGAGUUCAAGGAGCUGAUCCUCACGCUGUGUGAGCUCAUCCGCCAGGGCCAGCUCACGGCGCCCGCCUGCUCCGAGGUGCCACUGCAGGACUUCCCGCAGGCCUUGGAAGCGUGCAUGAAGCCCUUCGUGUCUUCCAAGCAGAUUCUCACCAUGUGCUGACUCCAGACGUGAAGUGGCGGGGAGCCGGGGCGACAGGCCUGGUUUCAGACCCGGCAGCCUGGGUCUCAGCCUCCACUCACAGCUCCGCUCCUUGCCGUCACUUCCAGCUCCGAGAAUUGUGCCAUGGCCAAGGCUUCCCCGGGGGAUGUAAAAUAAAGUCUGAACUUCCUCGAAACAACCUAACAGAGGAGCUGCGGACGGCUCAGGGGACCGGGACACGUGCUUUGCAUGCGGGGAAACCCCAGAUUUGAUCCCCCGAACCACGGGAUCCUCAGAGCACUGCUGGGAGUGAUCUACGAGCACUGCCACAGUGUGCGGGAGCCUCUCCUUCCCGCCCAGAAAACCACAGCGAUCUUCCCAACCAGGAGGCCCAUAGAAGGCCUCUUCUUUUGUUGUUGUUGUGUUGUGUUUUUUAUUAAGGGACAUAUCCAGUGUUUCCCGUGCAAAGCAAGCACCCUACCCACGGCACCAUCUCUCCAGCCCCUUUACAGCUCGUUUUACCUGAGAAAGAAGCUUCUAUUUUAUUUAAAUAUAAGGUAUCUGGAGUUUCUCUGAAUCUAAUCCUAACCGAUAAUCUAUGAUUUAAUUUAUACUAAAAUCAACUGACCCAGUGAAAAAAAUUAAUUGUGGACAUCUGUGAUUCCAGCCAGGAAAUUUGGACUUAUCCUGUUGUCAAAAGAGAACAAAACAGUCUGACUCAAAAAUACAUCACAUCCUCUAUGCUUUACAAAUACAAAGUAUUUUGGUUUGGUUUGGUUUUUUAUUUUUGAGUCACACCUGGCAGUGCUCAGGGCUUACUCCUGGCUCUGUACUCAGGGAUCAUUUGUGGUAGGGUUUGGGGGAUGGUACAACGUGCCAGGGAUCAAACCUGGGUCAGCUGCAUUCAAGGCAAAUGCCUUCCCUGCCCCCAGAAAAAAAAAAUUUAUAAUUUUCAGGCUGAAUCAUCUCAAUAGAGUUGGGAUAGUUCUGGCCCAGUGAGUUAAUAUCCUUCCCAGACAUCACCUGUGUAUAUCACCUGUCGUCCCGUUGCUCAUUGAUUUGCUCGAGCGGGUGCCAGUAACAUCUCCAUUUGUCCCUGUAGUGUGCUAGUGUAGCCCAAUGGCGUCUACUCGCCCCAGAAACACAAAGAGCAUCAAACUGUUCGUUCAGGGUCUUGACAAAGAAGUCCGACAGUCUCAUAGGUGGGCGGCCAGCCGUUCUUUUGACGUUCCUUGGAAUCCAGUCGGUAACUGCUCUAGUCCAGCAGUCAUAUCCAACUUGACCAAAAGCUUGCAUUCAGUAGACUGAGAGCACCUGUAAGGGCGAUUAGAGGCUGCCCCAAAAGCCUCCAUUCCUCUCAGAGAGCCCAGAAAGCUUCCGAGGGUAUCCCGCCCGUACAGCAGAGCCUGGCAAGUUACCCGUGGCGUAUUCGAUAUGCCCAAAACAGUAACAAUCCUUCUCAGAUAUCUAAAAAAAAAAAAAAGAAGAAGUUUUUUGGCCCCAGAGAAUCAAAGAAGACCAAGAGGUAUUAACCUCCUACGAACCAGUUUGAGCAUACCAGGAGCCCUGAGGCUUCGUGAGUCUUGCUCUGGGGUCCGCUGGGAGCAUCCACCUUGUGACUGCCAGCAGCCACUGCUAGAUACUGGUACCUUGGUUGAUAAGAGCUAAUGAAGUCAGCUUCCCUCAAGGAAAGACUGAGGUCCAGAGGAAAACUGUUAUUGGGCUCAUCUGUCUGUGCCAGGCAUCCUUGACACUUGCCCAGAGGCUCUCAGCAGCACUCACAAGCCUCAGGCUUAUUGGUAGUUACCAUGUCCUGUUGACAGCACUGGGCUCCACCAGUGCAACCGAAAACAGAGUCAUCACAUGGCAUGUGAAGGCAGGAAAAUCCUGGAAAGACAGCAAGCCUGCCCUAGGUACACGGGAAGGUGUCAGCACCCUCUGAAAUGGAAGGUUUCCCUAAGCCAUAACCCUAUGCAGUGUGUGAGCACCUCGUGUGCAUCCCCAGUAACUUUACAGCAUCCCUACACCUAAGACGGUUGUAUCAUUGCAUUGCAGAGGAGGAAGCCACAGAGACCUGAACUAAGGUCACACCGCUCAAGGUUACAGAGAAGGCACCCAACUCCCUGACAUUGUCUGGCCUCUGUACUAGUAGGUACCAAUGUGUAUGUCCCCCCCAUGGGCCUUCUGCACUCACUUUUCUCAGGAGUUCUUGAUUUUUGUCAAUAGUGAUUGAUGUGUCAGCCAGGAGAGAGUUCAGAUUUCCCUCUGCCUAGUGGGGAGGCAUGCGAAGAAGGGAGAAGCCAGAUGUGAUUUCAGUAGUCCAGGUGAGAGAUCAUUUAUUCAUUCAGUAAGAGCUGGGAGAUAGAACUCAGCAGCAGAGCACUUGCCUCAACUGUGUGAGGCCCUCCACAAAAACGUUCUGUGUGUGUGUGUGUGUGUGUGUGUGUGUGUGUGUGUGUGUGUGUGUGUGUAACCAAAGAAGCCUAUGUUUUAAUUCACUCAGUAAAUACUUUGAACACCCUUAAGUGAAAAGCACUGUGAUAGGUUGUCAGGGUAUAGCAGAAUUAAAAAGAAAAAGGACCCCUAAUAGGCAACGAACGAGUGAGUAAACAAGGUAAUUGUCUAGGAAAAUAGCUUCUAGGAAAUUAAAAAUACAGGGGGAGCAAUAGUAAUGAAGAAGACAAGGAAGGUAGACAUAUUAAGGUAACUAAGGGAGGUCUGAGAUCUGACUAGGGAAGAGCCAGCCAUAUUUCAGGCAGAAGAAACAGAGAGCAGGUUUAAAAGCGCUGAUGUGUGAACAAUACAAAGAGGCCUGAACUAGUUUAGUCAGUGGGAGAGAAGUGACAAGAUUCCUAAACAUUUACAACAGAGGUCUCCAAACUUAUUUGGUCCAUCGUUUUUUGGAAAUGGGGAAUUCUUUCUUUUGCACAUUGAUGCUGGUGUGUACCACCGGUGGCUGACACUUGGAUGGGGUUUAAUUUCCACCAAUUGCAGCACCAUCAGUGUGUUAAGUGAGCAAACAAGAGUGGCCCUCACCAAAUGCAUGAGGCUACUCCACCCCUGUGGAUUAUUCUAGUGUCCCCACCCCAGGACAGUAUCAUUCACUCUGGGAAAGACUGAUUAGAAAGAAGGAAGAACAGACUGGAUGUGGUGGCUGAAGGCGGGCUUGGCCAUCUUGCCAGAGGUGUACUACCUAAGUUAGGGUACUUGUGAGGUGGAGCAGGUUUGGGACACAGCAUUUCACCUCUCUGGAGGCUCUCCCACCUGUGCAGUGGGUUUGAACAGCUGAUAUGUCAACGAAGGUUAGCACUAGUUCUUAGGAAUAUUAUCCUGGAGAAGAGGGAGGUAGCUCAGAAGACUGAAGAACACCCAGGCUUGAUCCCCUGCACAACACAAUCCCCUGCGUUUGACCACAUAUUGCCCCAAAUUAAAAAAUCCUCAUACCUUGCUAAAUUCAAAAAAAAAUAAAAUAAUUACAGGAGCCAGAGAGAUACUACAUCGGAUAAAGUGCUUGCUUUGCAUCUGGCUGACCCAGGUUUGACCCCCCAGCAUCCUAUACGGUCCCCUGAGCCCUGCCAGGAAUGAGCCCUGAGAAGAAAACCAGAAGUAAGCUCUGAGCAAGCCAGGUAUGCCCCCUGCACCACCACCACCAAAAUGUAAAUAUAUGCUCAAAGGCCCAAGAAAGAAGGCCCAGCUGGCUUGGCUUUUAUGAUGAGGCUGUAAGUUCCAACCCCAGAAAUGCCACUGUGAUCCCCAACUGAUCAAGUGUUCAAGAAGUGUAACGAUUAUGGUACUGGCAUUCCUGAACAGCAAAGCAACAAUAGCAAAGGGAAGAGGCUGGGAUAAGCUCUAAGAGUAACAGAAUUGGGGCUGGAGCGAUAGCACAGCGGGUAGGGCGUUUGCCUUGCACGCAGCCGACCAGGGUUCGAUUCCCAGCAUCCAUAUGGUCCCCUGAGCACCGCCAGGAGUGAUUCCUGAGUGCAAAGCCCAGGAGUGACCCAAAAAGGAAAAAAUAGAGUAAUAGAAUAAAUCAGGGGAAUCUU